CAUAUUGAGACAUACGCUGCUUUGUGUGCUAGAGCAAUUAUUUUGUAAUUGGGACCUAAAAUCCUACUAUGUAGUUAGCCAUAUUUAUUUUCAUACAUGCAGAGACUUCAACUUACAAUUCUCUAAAUAAAAUGCCCAGGGGACAGUUGCCUUGGCAACAGCCUGUAAACUAAACAGUCUGGUUGUAGCAUUGACUGCUUGAAGAAUUUUACGCUAGAAGAAUUUGCUUUCAUAACAAUCUCAACAAUCUUGGCUAUGCAAUCUCAAGCUCGCCCAGAAAAUAAAAUCGAAGUACAUAGAAUCAUUGUGUGAAUAAGCUGCUCUUCAGUGAAUAGGGACAACUAUGACCUAAAAAUGCUGUUUAGCUGAUCUUUGGAUUGGUGCCUGUUUCAAAACUUGCUCUAGAUGCAGAUUCAACAUUGAAAGAAAUGAAUCAGUCAUGCAAAACUGUAGUAACAACACUCGCACCAGGAAGUUGUCCUCAACACUCCAAAAACGUCCUGGAUUGUCUGUGUGCAGCUGUCUUGCUCUUCAAGCAGAUGUUAAGCCAGGUAACAUCAGUGCCCAGACUUUGGCCAAUGAACAAUCUGCAUCUUUUCUAGAUGAAAGACAGAAUUCAAGAUGCAUCAGAAUGUUUCAUUGCCUUUUUUCUUGAAGAAAGAGGAAAAUAUAGGACGCCUACUUCAAUUUUGACUUCAAUUUGCUGGAGCAGGGAUCUUGCUUAGAGGAUAACAUUUCAAAGUCCCUUAUGGGAUUAGAUGCCCUUCAAAAAAUAAAAGUCUAGAGUCAGCAAAUUUUGUCUGGUACCAAUGACAUUUCAACCUACAAGAGCAGUUCGACUGACUCCUUUAGAGGACAAUAAAGCCAGUGCAAAUACUGAUAGCAACAAUAUUUUAAGUAUUAUGAAUUUUGUACCUAUACCUAUAAAACCAUAUACCACACUUUAUCAGCCUCAGUCAGCCAACCCACAGCAAAGGCAGGCUAAAACAUCACGAGACCAAGCUCCUACUAGUGCUUCUGAAAGCUCCACUUCAAUGGAAAACCUGGACUCGUUCAGAAUGGAUAGCUAUUGCAAAUGCUCCGGAGACUUGAAAGAACAAAGUGAAGUAAAAAUAAAAUGCAAUGAAGCUGAUGUAGGUAUUAAAAGUAAACAGGUGGACUUUGAAAAAUAUCAGCUUUCAAUAACCUAUGAAAAUUCAGAUAUCGUGAACAGAGCCAAUAUUCUUGAUGAAAGUUAUGCUUACUUAAGCUCAAGUGAAAUGACAAACACCAAGGAGAACUGUGAGAUAUUUGCAGUUCAGUGUCUUGCAUCAAGCAAUACUGACAAGGAAAGAGUUGGAAACUACUGCGAGAGAGAUUUAGCAGCAAAAAGUGUCAUUAAGACUUAUCUAAAGGAAGCUGAUGUUUCAGGGAUGAUCCCAGCUUAUACUUGGUGUGCAGAUACUGACACUGUGAAUGCUGUGCUUGAAAAUCAUGAUUUAGAUUCAAAUUGCAAAAAUGUAGUAGAAUCAUAUCAUAUGCUGGAAGAGAAAUCUGUAGCUAAAAUAAUGCCUCACUUUUCUGCUGGAAAAGUAGAAACCAGUAUUUGUCCCGUAGCCUUUGGAAAAACUGAAAAAUUAGCUAUUUCAGAAGCAACUGAAACAAAAAUCAAUAAACCAUGGCCUCUUGUCCCAUUAUCUGAACAUGUGCCACCUAGAGCACCACAGAUUGCCAAAUGUCCCAGUAGGCCUCCUAAUGUGAGUCACAGCUUCAACAUACUAGCUCAGAAAGAAAAUGAUAAUAAGAUAAAAACUAGUAAAAAUAAAACUGCUUUUAAACCUAAAAUGAGUAGAAAAAUACCUCAAGAUUUCAUUGUUUCUGAUGAGAGUUCCACCAAAUGUAAGACACACAAAACCAGCAUCAAGAACCAGAUUUUCCCUUCUGGGGAAAUGUCUCAUGUGGAAUGUGAGGCUUCUUCAAAGCAUCAGAAAAAAAGACCUCAGAUGAAGAACUGCUAUGUUGUUCAGGGUGCUCAGAAAUCUAAAAACCCAGCAUUUCCUUAUAUCUGCGAAAGUUCAAGCAGCCUAAAGAAACACGUUACUCCACUCUCUGUUCCACAAACACAGUCUGCCUCAGACUACUUGAAUCUGAAAUAUAGUGACAUGUUUAAGGAAAUAAAUUCAGAUGACAAAGGCCCAGGGAUUUAUGAAAUGUUUGGAACUCCUGUAUAUUCCCAAGUGCGUGAACUUGGUCAACAUGAGAACAGAUUUUACAGGGAAGUUUGUUCUGCUCCACUUGAGAGAUACACUGUUAAUAAACGUAAAUCUACCUGUACUAAUGAGAAAGACAGCAGCAGAGUAAGAAGCACCCAGAAAAGAACACAUUCUAAACCCAAGAACAUGACUGACAUUAAAAAGAAACAAGUAGGCUUAACACCAAAAAAGAGAAGUUCUGUGUUAAAAGAUAGCAACACAGAGCUGCAUGAUGUUUUAAUCAUUUCUGCUUCUGAUUGGCACAUAAAGACUUCAAGAAGCACACCAUUGUUUAAUGAAGGUGAAGAUCAGCAGUUUCUGGGUUUGGAGGAAUUUUCACAAUUCACUAAACAAAAUAAAAUCAUUCCGAAUUCAAACCUAUCAACUAUUAAAGAAGUUCCUUUGGAGCUAUCUUCAGAUAAUAGAGAUGUGGUGAACAAUCAGAUAUUUGCAAUCAAUGCCCACAGUUUUCAUCUGGUUGAUACAGAUCAUGCAGAAUGUGUUGCUUUAAUGAGUACUUUGAUAAAGACGGAUCAGAAUAACAAGUGUGGAGUCCAAGGAAGAAAGGAUAUGAAUAACUCCAUCAAUCUGGAAGCAAACCAGACCUUACAUAAGUCUAUAGAGAAAUAUGAAGCACUGUUUGCAUUGUCUUUUCCAGACAGAGCAGACUCUACGUCUUCUCCAAGAACACUAGAUCAGAGCUGGGGACACAUGUCCGAAAAUGCAUCAACUCAGCAUUUAAAUGCUGCAGGCCCAGUUUUCCAGACUUAUCAAAACAUUCUGGACUGUGCAGAUAACGAAAAACUGACUGAUGAGUUGCUUUGUUGCCUGGCGGCAGAGCUACUAGCACUUGAUGAAAAAGAUACCACCUCUUCCAUAAUCCCCACAGAGAAUACAGGUUCUGAAAUACAAAAUGUAUUUGCUAGAGAAGAAGAAGACAGCGUGAAUGUGGAUGGCAAAGUGGCGGCAAGUGCAGAGGAACAGCAGAGUUACAGUAAUGCUUUUCUGGUGUCAAAGAGGGAAACUGACUUGCUAAGCUUCAAUGAACCUACUGUGUUUCCAGAAAUCACUCAAGUUAAUAAGGAUCCUAUCACAUGGACCAGAGGUGAAAUCCUUGGAAAAGGAGCCUAUGGCACUGUGUAUUGUGGUCUGACAAGCCAAGGACAAUUAAUAGCAGUGAAACAAGUUGCUUUGGAUACCUCAGAUAAAGUCAGUACAGAGAAGGAGUAUCAAAAGCUGCAAGAGGAAGUUGACUUGUUGAAAACACUAAAGCAUAUCAACAUUGUAACCUAUUUAGGAACCUGUUUAAAAAAUAACAUUGUAAGCAUUUUCAUGGAGUUUGUCCCUGGUGGCUCAAUUUCCAGUAUUAUUAGUCGCUUUGGGCCAUUGUCCGAAAUUGUCUUUUGUAAAUAUACAAAACAAAUUCUGCAUGGGGUUGCCUAUUUACAUAAUAACAGUGUGGUACACAGAGAUAUCAAAGGCAAUAAUAUUAUGCUUAUGCCAAAUGGUGUUAUAAAGUUGAUUGACUUUGGCUGUGCAAAGCGGUUAGCAUGGGUAAGCCUGAGUGGCACACACAGUGAAAUGCUCAAGUCUAUGCAUGGGACUCCAUACUGGAUGGCACCAGAAGUAAUAAAUGAAUCUGGAUAUGGAAGAAAAUCAGACAUCUGGAGCAUUGGAUGCACUGUAUUUGAGAUGGCAACUGGUAAACCGCCUCUGUCUUCCAUGGAUAGGCUAGCUGCUAUGUUUUACAUUGGAGCCCACAGAGGACUGAUGCCUUCUUUACCUGACUAUUUCUCAGGAAAAGCAGUAGACUUUGUCCAUGUAUGCUUAACCAGGGAUCAGCAUGAGCGUCCAUCUGCUCUACAAUUGCUGCAGCAUCCCUUCAUGAAGGGAAGACAAUGAACUUUUCAAAACAUCUGCCAAACUAAUAUACAUUUUCCAUUCAUAUCUCUUUCUAACAGUACAACAGGGUAAUUUGCAUUUGAAUUGAAAUAGGAGUAUAGUAAUUUACUAGAUCUCAGCAGUCAGCCAAACAGUGGAAAGCACCUGUGAGACUGCAAUAUAAUUUAACUAGUUUGAUUUGUGCUGUGACAUGCUUAUCAGGGCUGGGGAAUUUAGAUUGCCAUUUAUUCAGUAAACAACUUUUUUUCCUGCAAAGAUUAAAUGUUUAAACAAAAGCCAUGACAUUGUUUUCAACUUGAAGAGGCUUAAAAAGAAGCUAUUUUAUAAAAAUGGAACUGGGGGAUUCCCAUUUUUUCUGUGAAUAUGUAAGUGGUGAAAUAGCUAAUAUUAUCCAAAAGCAUCAAAGAGUUCUGUACAUGCUGCUCAGGUGUAUUUCCCAAACAGAAUUCGCCAGUUCAUUAAAUGUAACUGUGGAAAUCACUUGGAAAAAUCAGAAUUUACUUUAUAUACAGGUCAGAACAAUACACAGUUACAAGUACAAAGCAGCUUUCAGAAGGGUCCAUUUAAUAUUACUUGGAUACAGAACAGCAAGUUCCAGCACACACAUAAUUUGGAAGUCUUUUACUGCUGGUGAUUUAUCAAAAAUUAAUUGGCAAGAGAUAUCUGCUCUAUAUAUGUACUAGUCUGUAAACUUCAGUAAUUAACAUUUCCUGUUCGCUCUCGGAAUACAAAUGCCAUAAGAGGCUUUAUUCCUCUUUUCUCCUUGGACUGGUAAACUGACUUUGCCAUUUUGAAAUUGUCACUUGUUUAUAUUACCAUUGAAUCUGUAUGUUUGAUGGGUAAAAUCUUGAAGGGGACGAUCUGAAGUGUGACUACAAUUACAGUAUUAAAGAGAAAUUCCUGCAUGCUGUAGAAGAUGACCAUCCUUUACUGGGACUGAUGUAUGGUCUUUGGCCAGAUUACAAAAAAAAUUUUUGGAAUGUGGAUCUAGGUCACCUAAAAACAAGACUAGGGAUUUUUUGAAUGUAUAAGAUGUAAUGUUGUGGGUAUAAAGCAGAAAAAUAAAGCAGGAAUCAAAUAUAUGAGAGAACAAGUAACUACUAAGAGGUAUUGAGUCAUUAAGUUAUUCUGAGCUGAAAAUAGUAAAAUUUCUGUCUUUUGUACAAAUUGAAAUUUAUAGAAUGCCAACCGUUGCAGUUGUCUCACUUCUCUAAUAGAGGUAUAUUUUAUUCUACAAGUGUCUGGUUCUAAACAUUAACAUUUACUCACUUCUGAAUAUUUUAUCAUAAGUGGUUUAGGAGCUAAGUCUCAGUUUCAAAAGGGACUUAAACACAAAGGAGCCAAAAUCCCACUGAAUUUCAGUAAGUCUUAGGAGAGUUUUAGGCUCCUAAAUGUGUACAUCCCUUUUGAAAAUAGGCUUUAGGAACACAAACACAUUUUACCUUUAGUAAACUAGGUAUCUGGUCUCACCACCUCUAUGCACUAAUGCCAAUCAGCAGCAUUUAAAAAUAAUUAGUUAGGUCCUCAACAAACUUGAGAGUCACUCAUCAAGGUAAUAAGUUUUGAUAGCUCAUUUCUAAACCUUUAUAAUGCAUUCUUCUGUCAAUUUUCUCUGCAUACAUGAAAGCCAAGAUUCUUAUCAUCACUUGAAUCUUACAAAUGAGACACUAAACCUCAAGUAUCUCAAGAGCUGGCAAACUUUAUCAUGCACAAUUCGGAAGUAUAGAUUAAAAAUCUCAGAGUAGCCGUGUUAUUCUGUAACUUUAAUUAGUCCUAUAGCACCUUAGAUACUAACAUUUAUUUAAUAUAAAGUAUCCUGAGAUUUCAUGGCAAAACCCACUUCCCAAAAGCUCAGGAUAUUUUCUCUCUCUCUCUAUAUAUAUUUUGUGUCUCUGAGGUGCUAAAGGACUACUCGUUGCUUUUUAAAUAAGAUUAAAACAAGGAAUCCCAUGGCAUCUUAAUCUAAACAUUUAUUUGGGCAAAAGACAGACAGACACAGACACACAGACACAAAAAGAACCAGGGCAAAUGAGGCCAAUUCAAUCAUAAUGGAUGUGGUCCACUCCUAACAACUGAUAGGUGGAACCCUAUACUGUGACCUAACAUGGCACAUUUUCCAUGAUAUACAAUUCCCUCUUUGUAUUAGGGAAGACUUCAAAAAGACAGCAAAGUAAAGAUGAUCUUUAAUUUCACAUUAAAUGAUAAUUAGGUACCAUUUAUAUUAAAUACUAAUGGACAAGGGUGCACUGGAGUAAGCAGUAUGUAUUAGAAGAGAAAGGUUAGGUUUUUCAACAAAAUCACUACAUCCUCCUGGAAAAUUUUCCAAUAAAAGCUUAAAUAAAAUCCCACAUGCUCUGGUGACAUCUGCAAGUGUUUUAGCACCUGCUUAAACCUUCUGUUAUUCAAAGAAAAUUUUAGAGCUUUAGAAUAUUUAUUUAAAAAACUGUUCAAGUUUGUUAUUCUAUUUUCUUAAAGGAGCUAAGAUUUUUAAGUUAAAUUUCAUCCACCAAGUUAAAGAUACAACAGCACAUGGUUUUAGAAAGAAAAGCACUGGAACUCCAUCAAUCACUUAUGGGAAAUGAUAUAUAAAUAUUAUGCAACUUUACACCAGUAUAACGGCACACAUAUUAAUGGUUAUACCAGUCCAAUUACACCGCUGAAAAACCUACCCUCAACUGACAGUUAUACUGGUACAAAAGUUGUGUACAGCAUAGACCAAGCCAAACAGUCAGAGAAGUGCAAGGAGUGGGGUGGGAGAAGAGUUGCAAGAUUAUUGUAGAGCAGAUUGUAAUACUUCUACCCUUACUUCUGUGCUGUUUUGGUGGCAGUGCUGCCUUCAGAACUGGGCAACUGCAGAGCAGCAGCUGCUGGCUAAGGAGCCCAGCUUUGAAGGCAGAACCAUCACCAAUAUCAUAGCAGAAGUAAGGAUGACAUGGUAUGGUACAGCCAGCCUUACUUCUACACUGCUGCUGGCAGAGAACUGCUUUCAGAGCUGGGUGCCUGGUUAGUUAAUAGCUGCCAGUCUCUGGGCACUCAACUCCAGGGGCAGUGCAGAAGUAACUGCCUCAAUACUCUGAUCCUCCUAAAACAACUUUGUCACCACCUUGCAACUCCCUUUUGAGUCAGCCUCCCCCCGCCCCCAUUUGAGAAAUGCUGGUCUCUCCCCCAUGAAUUGUGUGUAGUAUAAGGUGAAGUACAGACAAUAUCUAAUUUCACAGUCCAUGACAAGUUUUUCAUGGCUGUGAAUUUGUUAGGACCCAAGUAUAGCUACAUGAUUCACUAAAAAGGAAAAAAGCUUUUAAAUAAUUAUUUUGGACUUGAAACCCCACCAGUGUCUCCUUCAUGUGCCCUACUACAGAUUAUUCAUUUUGGCUAUAACAACUUUUUAAAGCUUGAGCUAUCCUGAGUAAAAAGCAACAUUAUAUAUUGUCAUUUUAAUCUCAUUAGAAUCAGACAAUUUCUUUAAAAUGCCAGUUCAACUAUUUUGCAUCACUUUUCAAAUGCAAGAUUAAAGAGGUUAUUAAAUACAGGUAUAUACUCAGACCAAGUAUUUUCACAAUUUUUCAUAAAACACACGUAUCAACCUUCUUCUACUGUGAAUCCCAGCCAGGGACUUAGAACCAGUAGUUCUUACACAUAUCCACCAUCCUUUGAAUUUGUUAUGAUCUUUCAAAAGCAAUGUGAAUUGUGCAAGAUCCAGAGAGAAUUACUAUACCAGCUACAGUGUGGAGAUAUUAUGGGGGAGGGGAGAAAAGGGGAGGAGGAGAAAUCAAUCCGUUCAGGGCCAUCUUAUACAUUUAUAACGGACUGAUUUAGUCAGCUUUAGUACUCCCUAGAACAGCAGAAGAGUGAUGCAGGCAUGCUUGUAAUUCUGCUUUGUUGGAGGAAGAAUACUUUUAAAACUAUGAAUUAGUAUAUUUCAAUUACAGAUAAAAUAGCUAUAAUGUGACACUUCCAACAAGCCCAUGAAGGGUAUUUAAUUGAACUUUACACAAUUACAUGAGCAUUAAUACACACUGUGAUAUGGAAAAUACAAAGUCCCCACUUUGUUCAUAUCAAACGAAAAGAGGGCACUAUUUUUUUUUUUUUUUAAAGAUACCCAAUUUCUA